CUUCUAAGUGAAUGAACUUACUUUUUGUAGCUGAUUAAUUUUUGUGAUAAAGCGUCUGACCACCAAGUAAAAUGGCAAAAUUAUCUGAGGCACAAAUAUCUGACUUCAAAGAGGCAUUCACAUUGUUUGACAGAGAUGGUGAUGGCAAAAUCUCUGUGAAUGAACUUGGAACUGUAAUGAGAAGUCUAGGACAGAACCCAACUGAGAGAGAAGUUGGGGAGAUUAUGAAAGGACAGGGACUUAGAAGUACUGUAGACUUUAAAGAGUUCCUACAGGCCAUGGCAACUAAAAUGAGAGGACACCAAGAGACUGAGGAAGAAAUUCGUGAAGCAUUCCGAGUGUUUGACAAAGAUGGCAAUGGCUUCGUAGCUGCUGCUGAGCUUAGACACGUCAUGACAAAUCUCGGUGAAAAAUUAACGGAAGAGGAAGUAGAUGAGAUGAUCAGAGAAAUUGAUAUUGAUGGCGAUGGCCAAAUAAAUUAUGAAGAAUUUGUUAAAGUGCUAAUGGCCAAAGAGAUGUAAUUAGGACUUCAUAAACAGGAUACAGAGAGGAUAUAUUGUCAUCAUCGUGUAUAUAAUCAUUCUCCAGUACAGUAUAUGCAACAGCUGUUCAAUAUGAUAGAGUAGAGAAAACCAGGCAAUACAAUAACAGUAGAUGUACAGACAAACCAAACAUCUGGAGUCGCAAUUACACAUUACAGUGCUGAUCAAGGCAAAUUAUCUUACAAUGAUGAACACAACACCUUUAUUGAUGUUUACUUAAUAGA